AUGACGCGCACCUCCCACUUCCCCACCGAUGCCCACAUCCCCGUCUACUCGGUCGACUUUCUCUCGGACAAUGUCGUCGUCUACGCCGGCGGCGGCGGCGCAGGCAGGUCGGGCGUCACAAACGCCAUCGUCGCAGCCCACAUCUCGACCUCGGACCAGUCGACCACGAAACUCCACGAGCUCAAGCUUUCCCGGCAGGAGGACGCGCCCAUGACCAUGGCCGUCAAUUCCAAGCGCAGACAGCUCGUAUGCGGCAUCAACUCGACCCCAGACGACAUCAAGCACGGCACCAACCGCCACCUCCGCAUCUUUGACUGGUCCCUCAGCUCCCCCGACGACGACGACAAGGCGACAGGGAAGCAAUCGCAGAACCAGAGCCAGCAGCCCAAGGCAGAAGGCAAGAUCACCGAGCUGCCCUCGGUCACCAUCCACCAGGCAAAGGCGGAAUCCUCGCUCGCCAUCACCGACCCAGAGCAGUACCAGAAAGUCACCCGCUUCAGCCACAGCGGAAGGUUGCUCGCCGUCGCCAGCACAGACGGAAAGAUUGCACUGCAGCGCUACCCGUCCCUCGCCCACGUCUGGAAGACGUCGACGGACGAGACCAACGCCACCCUCGCUGCAUCGACCUCUGGCAGCGCCUCGGCCACUGACCCAGGAUCCAGCACCACUGGCGUCCCCUCGCAGGACUUCAAGGACGACGAAAUCUACGACGCCGACUUUUCCGAGACGGGCAGCCACAUCGUCUUUACCUCGUCGUCGAAGCUGGUCGUCUACUCGACCACGCCCCGCGCCACGCCAGACACGCCACAAGGCGGCUCGUCGCCCCAGCAGCGCCCCCAGCUGGACGGCGACGGCGAUGGCGACGGCGACGACGACGACGACUCUGCGGCCGACGAGCCGGGGUACGCCCAGGUGAUCCAGACGAUCAAGAACCCGGCUCUGGGCGGCAAGGGCCCGUGCUCGUUCCGCGCCGCCCGCUUCGGGCGCGGCGAUGCGUCGCGCGAGCGGCUGUUUACCGUCGUCAAUGCCGCCCCGGCCGGCGGGCGCGGGCCCAAGGCCAAGAUCCGAAAGAGCUUUGUCACGGCCUGGGACGCCGACAGCUGGGACCUCAUCGAGACGAGGCACGUCUCGGACCGUCCCGUGACCGUGUUUGACGUCAGCCCGGACGGCAGGUUGCUGGCCUACGGCUCGUCGGACCUGAGCGUCGGCGUACUGGAUGCAAAGACGUUGCGGCCGCUAGUCAAGAUCCUGCACGCGCACGACUUCCCACCAACGACGCUGCGCUUCAACCCCUCGUCGACGCUCCUCGUCUCGGCAUCGGCCGACAACACGCUGCGCAUCAUCCAGGUCCCCACGCCCGGUUCCUCUGCCGGCGGCGGGGGCGGCAUGGGCGGGGUCGAGGCGCUGAUUCAGGCCAGGGGAGGCGUCUACCUCAGCAUCCUGCUUGCCCUCAUCGCCAUCGUACUCGCCCUCGUGGCGCAGAAGAGGUUCUAG